CCAUUCAUCAGGUGUAGGUCUAGGCCCUGAUAUCGGGGACUUCUGAUUGUGGAUGCUCCUGUCAAACAUCAGUGUUGUGUUGUAUCUGUAUCAGUAUCGUUGAUGUAUUGUGUGUUGGUGGCGCGGUUUCUCUGUUAACAUCUUUAAAAUCGUGUUAAAUUUGUGAAAUGUGUUUGUGCUUCAUUCAAUCCAAGGAAGAGUUUGUUUUACAGCCAACAGAUCAUUCUUACUCUGUCUCUGAGCUGCUACCUUGUUGAUAAGUUAUGGCAGAAGACGAAAUUCUUUUCGACGAUGUAUAUGAACUAUGUGAAAUAAUUGGAAAAGGGCCGUUCAGUUUAGUGAGAAGAUGCAUCCACCGACAGACAGGACAGCAGUUUGCUGUGAAAAUUGUCGAUGUAGGCAAAUUUACCUCAAGUCCUGGCCUAAGCACGUCAGAUUUAAAAAGAGAAGCUACAAUAUGCCACAUGUUGAAGCACCCCCAUAUAGUCGAAUUGUUGGAAACUUAUAGCUCAGAAGGAAUGUUGUAUAUGGUAUUCGAAUACAUGGAUGGAUCUGAUAUUUGCUUUGAAAUUGUUAGAAGAGCCACUGACGGAUUCGCCUACAGUGAAGCUGUUGCGAGUCAUUACAUGCGUCAAAUCCUGGAGGCGCUCAGGUACUGCCACGAAAACGACAUCAUUCACAGAGACAUCAAACCUCACUGCGUUCUGCUGGCCAGUAAAGAGAACUCCGCACCGGUCAAGCUCGGCGGAUUCGGCGUCGCCAUUCAACUGCAGAAUGGAAAAGUUCUUAACGGAGAGAGUUUUGUUUCAUUAUCCCGCCCUGAUCUCAGCCCAAGUGGCCAACUCUAUCUGAAAUCAGACAGAGAGGGUCGGAUAGGCACGCCUCAUUUCAUGGCGCCUGAGGUGGUGGAACGCCAGCAGUACGGCAAACCGGUGGACAUCUGGUCAGCUGGGGUGCUGCUGCACAUCCUCCUAUCAGGCACUCUUCCAUUCCUAGGCACCAGGGAUCGACUCUAUCACUCUGUGUGUAGAGGCAAAUUAAAUUUAAACUCGGUGCAGUGGGAGUGUAUUAGUGAUAACGCCAAAGAUCUCGUAAGAAGAAUGCUCACUCUAGAUCCUAAUCAUAGGAUAACUAUACAAGAAGUUCUUAGUCAUAAAUGGCUACGGGAUCGUGACAAAGGCGUGUCAUCGAAAGUGCACCUGAUCGACACGGUUGACGAGAUGAAGAAGUACAACGCGCGCCGCCGCCUGAAGGGCGCCGUGAUGGCGGCAGUAGCGUCGGCCAAGUGGUGCGCCGACCCAACCUCCGACCCCGACAACUUCUCCGACUGCGGCGACGACGAGGUCUCCUCACAAGCUGUGUCUAUGAUUCUGGACUCUCUGGAUGACAUCCACUGCCUUCAGGAGCCCCCUCUAGAUGAUCCAGACUUCCUUCAAUCUGUGCUGGAUGACAGGCAACUUCAUGCUCUACUCGAGCUGUACGACCGCAUCUCGAGCAAGGUAGUGAGUCCGGUGAGGGCGCCACCCAGCGAUGCGGUGCUCAAGUGUCGUGACACGUUGGACGCCAUCCGCGACCUUGAGCAGACCACGUCGCCCUCCGACCUUGAGCUCGAGCUCAGCGGCGACCUUGAGGAGCUGCGUCAGAUAUUCUCACGGCCUCAUUUCAAGGCACUGCUACAGGCACAUGACGUGGUGGCACACGAGAUCUACGGCGAGGAGGCGGUGCGCGUGACCCCGCCCCCCCUCCACCCCUACCUGAACGGGGGCGACGAGGACGACCUGCUGGAGGGGGGACCGGGAGGCAGUGCCGACCCUGCCGACUUUGAAAAUGUCACCCGUGUGCGGCUCGUUCAGUUCCAGAAGAACACCGACGAGCCUAUGGGUAUAACAUUAAAAAUGAAUGAGGAGGGGAAGUGCAUAGUGGCGAGGAUAAUGCACGGCGGAAUGAUCCACCGGCAGGCCACUCUGCAUGUGGGCGACGAAAUUAAGGAAAUCAAUGGAAUUCCUGUUGUGAACCAGUCGGUUAAUGCCUUACAAAAGAUCCUGCGAGAAGCGCGGGGUUCCGUUACUUUCAAGAUAAUACCUUCAUACCGCAGUGCUCCUCCUCCUUGUGAGGUACAACCUUCAACUUCAAGUAGCUACAAGUACUUUGCACAUCAAAUAUUUGUCCGUGCUCAAUUUGACUACGAUCCUCUGGAUGAUGACCUGAUACCUUGUGCUCAAGCUGGAAUCUCCUUCAAAACAGGAGAUAUACUGCAAAUAAUUAGUAAAGACGAUCACAACUGGUGGCAGGCUAGAAAAGACAAUGCGGCAGGGUCAGCUGGUCUGAUUCCCUCGCCUGAACUCCAGGAGUGGAGGACGGCAUGCUCUGCUCUAGAAAAAACCAAACACGAACAAGAGGGAGAGGGUGAUCAGGGCUGCUCCUCGCACACCGAGGGUUGUGAUGGAACUACAGUCAAUUGCUCAAUCUUCGGCCGCAAGAAGAAACAGUACAAGGACAAGUACUUAGCGAAGCACAAUGCUGUGUUCGACCAGCUCGACCUUGUUACUUAUGAAGAAGUUGUCAAACUGCCAUCAUUUUUACGAAAAACCUUAGUAUUAUUGGGUGCUCAUGGAGUGGGAAGAAGACAUAUAAAAAAUACUCUUAUUGCGAAGCAUCCUGAUAAGUACGCCUACCCUAUUCCUCACACGACAAGGCCUCCAAGGAGUGAUGAGGAGAACGGCCGAAACUAUUAUUUUGUUUCGCAUGACGAGAUGAUGGCAGACAUUGCCGCCAACGAAUAUUUAGAAUACGGAACCCAUGAGGAAGCAAUGUAUGGUACAAAGUUAGAAACAAUCCGGAAAAUUCACCAGGAUGGCAGAGUAGCCAUAUUGGAUGUUGAACCUCAAGCAUUGAAGAUACUAAGGACAUCGGAAUUCGCUCCAUAUGUUGUCUUCAUUGCUGCACCCCUUCUCCAGAACCUUGCUGAUUACGACGGCAGCCUGGAGCGACUGGCGAAAGAGUCGGACCUGCUGCGACAGGCGUACGGCCACUUCUUCGAUCUGACGAUCGUCAACAACGACAUCGAGGAAACCAUAGCGGCGCUGGAGCGGGCCAUCGAGCGAGUGCACACCACACCGCAGUGGAUCCCCGUCUCCUGGGUCUACUGACAUCUGCAGCUCACCGACAAAUAGUGUUCAGCCCCCCCACCGCAGCCACUCGCCAGCCAGCACCGCGCCAUCGGCACUCCGCGACGUCUCUCACCUCUCCACUUUCUCUAGUGCAAUUGUGAACGAGUCUCUCGCCUCUCCACAUUCUCUAGUGCAACUGUGAACGAGUCUCUCGCCUCUCCACAUUCUCUAGUGCAACUGUGAACGAGUCUCUCGCCUCUCCACAUUCUCUAGUGCUACUGUGAACGAGUCUCACGCCUCUCCACUUUCUCUAGUGCAACUGUGAACGAUCAGCUGAUCGAACAACGAAUUCGCCGCCGAGCUCAAGAGUGGUUCACUUGUAUCCGAUGUGUUGUUGUGAAAUGCGCCGUAAUUCACUUGUAUCUCCUUCGCCGAUAUGUUGGUUGUUGUGGAACGGGCACCCGAGAUCGACCAAGCGCUACAACUAAACUAUAGCGAGGAUCAAUAUUGUUCGAGAUUGAUUAUUGAUUAAUUAUUGUGAUCUUGGAUAGUGACAUUUUCGAAAUUAUGCACAUGUUAUCGCAUCUAUUGUCUCUUCAUACCAUUACUACUGACAUCAAAACUACACAGUCAACCUGAAAUUAUAAUCAAAACUAAUUUUGUCAUUGUUUGUAAGUCAUUAUUUCACCAAGUUAGUCAAUUACUUUAACUUCUACAUGUUAUUUAUACAUCCACCUAUCAUUUCCCACCUUGUAAUUAAUAUGUGUUUAAAAAAUUUCGUUUAAAGACGAUUCAACCUUUCCUCCAUAAAGACUGUAAUAUAUCUGAUAUCUUGUCGAAACAUCUCAAUGUUUUACUACUACUGUUACUGCCAAAUAAGGAAAAUUAUCACGUAUUUCCAGUAGUCGACUUCAACCGUCAAAGCCCAAUUCUAUGAAAAAUAAUUCACAUUUACUUGAGACUUGUAGGAAAUGUAAUCCUUACAUUUAGUUUAAUAACGACUGUGUUUGAAAUAUUGACCAAGCUUCCAGUUGUAAUUCAGAAAUCAAAUAUUUUAUAGAAAUAAUUAUGUAAAUAAAUUAUGUAUAAUACUCGAUUAUUUGUUGUAUAAUAUAUUACGUUGAUCGAUUUUCAAAGAUAAUAUUUUCACAUUUGAUUUUGGACUGAUUCGAAUUGUAUUUAUUUGUGUUUGAAUGUUUUUUGAUCGAAGUGGAGCAUCUUUGAAAUGUUGUGAAUUUCUAGGUUUAAGAAUCGAUGAAGUGUAUAUUUCUAUUGUUCUAUUCGAUGGUGGAAUGUUCUGGUUUUGUGUAUGAAGUGGAUGUGCGAAUGAGCGGUAGACUAAUUUCUAAUUUUAUUAUGAAUGAUUGGCCUGAUACCUCAAAAAUACCAGCUAUUUACCGUUAGCUUCUUGCUAAUUUCAACCAUAAAAUUAGAAUCCAUUCAGAUGCUUGUAAAACAUGGAUCUCAAGUUCAGUACUUAAAUAGUACCGUAUAUUAUCAGAGUGCAGUACGGUACUCAUAAUAAACGUACCGUAUCUAUGAUUAUUCAAAUCCAUAUCAAUGGAUAACCCCUAAGUUUUCCAAUUUCAAUUGGAUUAUGUUUUACGUACUUUAGUUAGGUUCUUCUUGAAAAUAUUUGUACUUUCAUAAGUGGCUCAUUUCAUGUGUAAUACGAUCACAUAAACUUGAUCGUGUAUUAUAACGAUUUGUCUUUAAAAGAUGAUUAUCUGAUACGGGAACUGUGUUAUACAUAUUUCGAGGUUCAAUUUCCCAUUGAAAGUAUUGUUAAGAUUUCUUAAUCCGAUGUGAUUAAAAAAAUAUGUCACAUAUUUCAAUGAUAUUGCGGUGAUAUGAGUAUCUUCUCUCCUUCAUUGAUUGUAACUUUCAUACGUACUUGAAUGCUUCAAAUCUUGUCAACCAUAAUAAAUAUUCUUGUCCAUUCUCUGCUAUCUAUCUUUCAGCGUUCCUUUCAGAGAAAGCGAUACCACUCCUAAAAAUGUCUGUGAAAAUUAUUUCUCGUGCUCUACUUUUCAGCAUUCAUCUACUAAACCAAUUGUGGUUACAGGGUAAAUAGAAUAUAAAUGCCUUCAUGUUAAAUACAAGUGAAUAUAAGAACUGAAUGUUUGAAUACAGAAAAAAAUCCACAGUUAUCUUCAAAUGGCUCUUCAUGAGGUCUGAAGCCCCUAUUUUAAAAUAGAUAGCACGCAAAUUCGUAUGGAUUCGUUUUAGAUCUAUUGUUCCUGAAAGCGUUUAUUCCUUUGCAGGUUCUUUUGAAAUUUUAAGUAUAUUUUCAGCAUCAAUAAUCAAUAGAAUCAGUAUUAAAACGAAAUAUAUUUUCUAUCAACAAUAGAGUAGGAAACUUUAAUAUUGGCUAUUGUCACUCAAACCGUUAUCCAGCUUUAUUUGUUAAAAGUUACCUUUCAGGACCGUAAGUGGAAGAUUAUGAUGAAUUGCAAAUCCUUUUUAAAAUGGAUAUUGUUUCACUUGUUUGGUUUAAGAGUAUUAUUGUCAUGUGGUUAUUUCUUAUUGGAGGAACAAUGCAUUCGUUCAUAAUUUUUAUUGAAGUCUAUCGAUAAAUUUGAAUUAAAUCUUUACCAAAGCGGCUUUGCAGGUAAAACUAUCAUCCAUUCCAAAUGUAUAUUGUUACAUUAGUUUUUAUUUUUAUAUAAAUUGAAAAUGUGUUUUCAUCAAACACUCUGAUUUAUGGUUGAGGGUCGUAUAAGUGUUGCAAACAAUCCUUACAGUAAAAAUCUGUCGAAUUGUGGCAAGAUUUACGAGCAAAAAAAAAAAAACAUUUUAGUGAAACCAGGUUCUGUAAGAGCCCUAUCCUUGUGUAUUCUUCAUGUACGGGCAUAAGUAUUCCAAAAAUUACAAUUGAAUAAAAAUAUUCAAAUAAAAAAUUGUUAAAAUGUGUUGAGUAGUGGGAGGUUGAUAAUAUUUUCUUGAAAAUUAUUGUACCUAUUUCAAUAAAGUAACGAGGCAAGCAUUUCAGAAUGUAUGAUUAUUUAAUUUUAUAGUAGUGAUUAAGAUUGAAAACUCGAAAAUGAUCUAUUGUUAAAAAUUAGCAAAUAUAGUGUUGAUAAUGAUGUUAACUAAUCAUGGAUAAUUGUAAAAUUCAAGAGAAAUAUUAAAGAUUUUAUUGAUAUGA